AUGUCGAGCGGCACCAUCACCCGCAGGAUGCAGCACUGUGCCACCCUCGUGCCAGGCCGCCGGCAGUGGCGUGCGGUGGCGGCGGCAGCGGGCGCUGCCCCCGACACGCUCGUCAUCACCCGCCCCGACGACUGGCACCUGCACGUUCGCGACGGCGCGGGCCUGCAGUCUGUGGUGCCCCACACCGCGCAGCAGUACGGUCGCGCCAUCAUCAUGCCCAACUUGGUGCCGCCCGUCACCACCGCCGCCGCCGCCCGCGAGUACCGGCAGCGCGUGGUGGCCGCGGUGCCCGCCAGCCGCGCCGCCGCCUUCACCCCGCUCAUGACCUGCUACCUCACAGACAACACGCCGCCGGAGGAGGUGCUGCGCGCCAAGGAGGCAGGCGUGGUGGCCUUCAAGCUAUACCCAGCAGGUGCCACCACCAACAGCGACUCUGGGGUCACCGACUUCCGCAAGUGCCUGCCUACGCUCAGGGCCAUGGCCGAGGCGGGCCUGCUGCUGCUGGUCCACGGAGAGGUGACCGACCCCGAGGUCGACUUCUUCGAUCGGGAGAAAGUGUUCAUAGAAACCAAGCUCAAGCCGCUGCUGGAUGAGGUCCCGGAGCUGCGCGUGGUGAUGGAGCACAUCACGACCGCCGACGCCGCCGCCUUUGUGGCCGCCAGCCCCGCGUCGGUGGCCGCCUCGGUCACGCCGCAGCACAUGCUGCUCAACCGCAACGCGCUGUUCCUGGGGGGCCUGCGCCCUCACGCCUUCUGCCUGCCCAUCCUGAAGCGCGAGGAGCACCGCGCCGCGGUGGCGGCCGCCGCCACCAGUGGCUCCCCCAAGUUCUUCCUGGGCACCGACUCGGCGCCGCACCCCAAGCACGCCAAGGAGUCGGCCUGCGGCUGCGCGGGCCUGUUCAGCGCCCCGGUGGCCCUGGCCCUGUACGCUCACGCCUUUGAGCAGGCCGGAGCGCUGCAGCACCUGGAGGCCUUUGCCGCCUUCCACGGACCCGACUUUUACGGCCUGCCGCGCAACACGGACAAGAUCACGCUGCGGCGCCAGCCCUGGACCGUGCCUGCCACCUACCAGUUUGGGGACAGCGAGGUGGUGCCGAUGUGGGCGGGCCAGGAGUGCCCCUGGUCAGUGGAGGCAUAG